AUCCGAUCCGCGACUUUGCGUCAGUUUCGCGAGAAUUCUCACCUGAGAAGGGUUUGUUUUCUUCAGUCUCCUCCGGCUUUUUGGUCAUCCAUCUACCAAAAUCCUUGGAGGCCAGUGAAAAGUGGUGCAAAGGACAGAAGAAUGUGCAGGAUUCUCGUGAAAAACGAAGUUUUCAUUGAAAAUAGUGUCUGACGUGAAAUUUUUGUGAAUGAAAUGAGUCAACUUUGUGCGUGAAAAGUCGUCAAAUUGUCCAUGAAGUCAUAUUUUUGUGGCCUUUUAUCAGCGAAAAUCGCUUUUUAAUGUAUUUAGGAAUUACUCAAAGUUUUACAUGUCGUAAUUGUAUUGAAAGUUUGAUAAGAAACCCACGAAAAAAUUACGAAUAUCGUUUGAUAUUCUAAGAAGUGUGAAAAGUUUCAACAAUCGCCCAUAAAAGAUACAUUUUGUUACUGGUGGACUUCCCCAGCAAAAUAAAUUUAAAAAAAACUGUGAUUGUCUGGGCAAAGAGAGCCUGAAGAGUGCCUAGAAAAAGUGUUAUGAGAUGUGCCCAGUAUGCUUCCACAAUCUGUGAAGAGGAGCAUCCUUAAUAAGUACUUUAUUAUGUGCAGUGUUGCGUGACUGCAGUAGAAAGGUCAGGAAGACAAAGGAAUACAGUGUGACUCCAGAAUGACGGUAACCUACACAGGAGAGGUUGCAACAUGCCGAGGAUUUGGCUGCUUCCUCAAGCUCUUGCUGAGGUGGCGUGGAAGCAUCUAUAAAUUAGUAUGGUUGGACUUGGUGGCAUUUCUCACAACUUACUACAUGCUUAGUAUAAUCUACCGAUUGGUUCUCAAUGAACAACAACAAAUUAUAUUUAAGUCAUUGGUCCAAUACUGUGCUGCCUACACAAAUCUCAUUCCAUUAUCCUUCGUAUUGGGCUUCUAUGUGUCCAUCGUGAUGACGAGAUGGUGGAAUCAGUACAUCAGCAUUCCCUGGCCAGAUCCCAUUGCUGUAUUUGUGAGCGCAAAUAUUCAUGGACAGGAUGAACGAGGACGUGUGAUGAGACGAACUGUGAUGCGAUAUGUGUGCCUAUGUCUUACAAUGGUACUAACAAUGAUAUCACCCCGUGUUAAAAGACGCUUUCCGACACUAGAUCAUCUAGUGGAAGCGGGUCUGUUGAUGGAAAGUGAACGAGUCAUUAUGGCUGAUCUCAAUUCGAGAUUUCCAAGGCAUUCUAAGCACUGGAUGCCCAUAGUUUGGGCAGCAAGUAUUGUGACUCGUGCCCGCAAGGAAGGUCGUAUUCGGGAUGAUUUUGCAGUGAAGACUGUGAUAGAUGAACUCAAUAAGUUCCGGGGACAAUGUGGUCUUCUCAUUUCUUAUGAUACCAUCAGUGUUCCCCUUGUUUACACUCAAGUGGUUACCCUAGCCGUUUAUUCGUUCUUUAUUGCAUCCAUUAUGGCCAGUCAGUGGUAUCAUGAUAAAAAAGUUGAGGAUGGACAUCUCAACAAAAUUGAUCUCUACUUUCCUGUAUUCUCAACACUGCAAUUCUUCUUCUACAUGGGAUGGCUGAAAGUGGCUGAGUCACUUAUUAAUCCCUUUGGGGAAGAUGAUGAUGACUUUGAGGUUAACUGGUUGGUUGAUCGGAAUCUGCAGGUGUCCUACAUGAUUGUAGAUGAGAUGCAUCAUGAACAUCCAGAAUUGAUAAGAGAUCAGUACUGGGAUGAGGUGUUUCCAGCGGAAUUGCCAUACACCGUGGGUGCUGAGCAGUUUCGUGAAGAGCAUCCACAGCCAUCGACGGCCAACAUGGCGAUCCCAAAGGCGGCAGCUGAGGUUAUUCCGGUGGUGCCAUCGAAGAUCAAAGUGGAUGAAAUGGUCGGUAAAAGUGCUCAGUCGGUCAAUUACAGAUUUCCAGAUCAGAUUGACAGUGAGAUUUUUGACGACAAUGCAAGUGGAAUUCAUUUUACAGCCGGGAACCGUCAAGAUCCCGGCCAUGGUUCCACGACUAGCAUGCAAAGUUCAAAGGCUGGAUCGAUGAAAAGAGUGAACACAGUUGGGUCCGCUCUCAAACGCUUCUUCAGCAAGGAAGAUAGCCGAUCGAAUCAGGGAGUGGAGGUAGGCACGACAGGGCGUAUGCCCACUUCUCCAAGUGGAACUAGUUUGUCGGGCAGAGAGAAGAUUGUAGGUCCUCCUCCAGCUGGUGGGAGUAUCAGGAUUACCGAUCAGGUGAUCGAAGAAGUCGAUGAACAACUGACAAUUACGUCGAUGAAGGGUCAACCGGAAGUGCGUCCAACAGCAGCCAGUCUCUUUGCAGCUGGUCCUCCGAAGCCCAGUGAGCCCGUGGAUGUGCCUCGGUCAGGAAUUCAGCCCUAUACGAGGACUCAGUCAGCGGUGGCGCAUGGACAUGGAGAUGGCUUAACGUAUGGUGUUGCUGGACUCGAUGCACUCUUUAGUACUUCAGCCCCAACAGAAUCUUACAGAGUAUCAACUCCUCCGGGACUCGAUGAGUAUGACAAACAGAGGUCAGACAGCAAGGACAGUGCUCUCAGUGGAGCCAGCGAAAAGCAAACAGAUAAUGAUGUGCGUGGUGAUGAGUUUGAAAAGCUGAAAUUGGCACGCGAAAAGGAGCGUCUGGAGCGGAAGAAACAGGUACUUGUUCAUUCAAUCAGUGCCACUCAACAGGGUGGAAGUGCUGUGGACAUGGAUGCAAUUGUGGAGCAACUGGUGACGCAGAGUAUCAAAACUGCGGAUCAGCAGAAUCUCUGAGAAAUGAGGCAGUCGGGCAUUUGGAUCAAAUGCACGGCUGCAAGCAACGAAUCCCUCGUAGAAUUCUAACUAAGCACAUGCAAAGACACAAAAUGCGAAUCUUCAGCACAAUUGAGAUGCGCGCGCUCCUGCUUUCUAAUCAUCUCAAUGCCCAAAAUAACGAUAGUAUUAUGUACUUUUCUAAUUUAAAUUUUAAACGCAAGAAGUAUUUAAGACAAUGUUUAUUAGAUACAUCCACCAGUUUUUAUCUCAGAAUUGACGUACUAAAGAAUUUGUUGGAGAUUUUAUUGAUAAUAAAAAACAUUUACAAAGUUUCAAUAAAUGUCCUUUUAAAAUAUAAAA